AUGGAUAAAUGGACAGCUCGUAAUGGAAAAAUGAUCAUUGAUAUUUUGGUCAAUUGUUCGAUAGGGAGCAUCUUUCUUGGUUCUGUCGAUGCUAGCAAUGAGUCAACCACUGGCACUAAGAUCUACAAUUUGUUUGAGAAGACAAUUGAGGAUAUUGGACCAAAAAAUGUUGUACAAGUUGUAAGGGAUAAUGCUAACGAGAAUGUAAAAGCGGGGGAUCUUAUGAGGGCUGUGUACCCACAUAUAUAUUGGACUCCAUGUGUUGCCCAUUGCAUCAAUUUGAUGUUGCAAGAUAUAUUCAAGAUUAAUCCAUAUGUCUUAGUUUUUAAGAAGGCCACAAAGGUGAUUUCUUACAUAAGUCAAAGGCCAUUGUUGUUGAACUUGAUGAGAAAAUUCACCAAUGAGAAAAAUUUGUUGAAACCAGCCAAGACAAGAUUCGGAACAAUCUUUUUGACUUUGGAGACGAUGUACAAACAAAGGAAGAAUUUGAGAACCUUGAUCAUCUCCAAUGAAUAG